AUGGCGCUGUACAUACUGUAUGAGUCGGCGUCGGGUUACAGUCUGUUUCUAGCGCACGGGCUCGAUGAAAUUGGGCAGAAUACGGAGGCGGUUCGGGGGUCCGUGGCGGACCUGAACCGGUUCGGAAAAGUAGUUAAGCUCGCGGCAUUUAGUCCGUUUGAGUCCGCCCUUGAUGCUCUCAAUCAAUGCAAUGCGGUCUCCGAAGGGCAAAUGACUGAUGAGCUGAGAAACUUUUUGGAGCUUACUCUUCCAAAAAUCAAGGAAGGGAAAAAGCCUAAAUUCAGUUUAGGACUGGCAGAGCCUAAACUUGGGUCACAUAUUUGUGAAGUAACUAAAAUCCCUUGCCAAAGCAACGAAUUUGUCCUCGAGCUUCUUCGAGGUGUGCGCUUGCAUUUUGAUAGGUUCAUUGAAAACCUAAAGCCUGGUGAUUUGGAGAAAGCACAGCUUGGUCUGGGUCACAGCUACAGCAGAGCAAAGGUCAAGUUCAAUGUGAACCGUGUAGACAAUAUGGUUAUUCAGGCUAUCUUUCUUCUUGAUACUCUUGAUAAAGAUAUCAAUUCCUUUUCCAUGAGAGUCAGAGAAUGGUACUCUUGGCAUUUCCCCGAAUUGGUGAAGAUUGUUAAUGACAACUAUCUUUAUGCGAAAGUUGCGAAAUACGUGGAGGAUAAAUCACAGUUGUCUGAAGACCAUUUACCAGGCCUAACUGAUAUAGCUGGGGACGAAGAUAAAGCAAAGGAAAUUAUAGAGGCUGCCAAAGCAUCCAUGGGACAGGAUUUGUCACCAAUAGACCUUAUUAAUGUCAAGCAAUUCGCGGAAAGGGUAAUGGACCUUGCAGAGUAUAGGAAGAAGCUCUAUGAUUAUUUGGUUGCCAAAAUGAAUGACAUAGCACCUAAUUUGGCUGCACUGAUUGGUGAAGUUGUUGGAGCUCGAUUGAUUUCUCAUGCUGGCAGUCUCACAAACUUGGCAAAGUGUCCUUCUUCAACUCUUCAGAUCCUUGGUGCCGAGAAGGCUCUUUUUAGGGCACUGAAAACUCGUGGGAAUACUCCAAAAUAUGGCCUUAUAUUCCAUUCCUCCUUCAUUGGCCGUGCUUCUACUCGGAAUAAAGGCCGGAUGGCUCGUUAUCUUGCGAAUAAGUGCUCUAUUGCUUCUCGCAUUGACUGUUUCUUAGAGAAAAAUACCACUGCUUUUGGAGAAAAGCUCCGUGAACAAGUUGAGGAGCGUCUAGACUUCUAUGAUAAAGGGGUUGCUCCUCGUAAAAACCUAGAUGUGAUGAAAUCUGCUAUUGAAACUGUUGAGACCAAAGAUACGGAAAUGGAUGUAGAUGAACCCGCUGCAGAACUUUCUGCAAAAAAAAGCAAGAAAAAGAAAUACAAAGCUGGAGCAAAGGAUGACAUUGAACCCAUGGCACAGGAUAAACAGGCAGUUGUUACUAAUGGAGACGCUCCUGAAGAACCUAAAAGUGAAAAGAAGAAGAAGAAAAAGGAGAAGCGAAAAUUGGCACAAGAGGAAAAUAAUGAACUUUCAGAGAAUAUUAAUGGUGCAAAUGGAUUCAAUGCCGACGAUGGAACAGCCAAAAAGAAGAAAAAGAAAAAGAGUAGAGAUGAGAACACUGAAGAUAUUUCAGCUGCAAGUGAAGGUAAAAAGAAGAAAAAGAAAUCGAGAAGUGAAGACAGUGAUUAA